AUGUCGGAUUUGGUCGGAUACUCGCAUGAUUUCCUCGCGGAAUUCAUUCACCUCUACCGUAGUUUCCGCUGCUUGUGGCAGGUCAGGUAUAGGGGAUACAAGGACAGGAUACUUCGAAAUCGUGCUUAUGACGCUCUCGUGCAAAAAUUGAGGGAGGUUAAUCCGAUCGCGGAUAAGGAGACUGUCAUACGAAAAAUCAACACGCUUAGAACCGCGUUCAGAAGGGAAUACAAAAAGGUGCGAAAUUCGCAAAAGAUGGUCCAGAAUCCUCGGCUACGAUACAGAUCUUCGUUAUGGUACUACGAUAUUUUAAAGUUCGUAGCGGAACAGAACGAAACGAGUCCACUAGAUGAAGAGAGAGACUUUAAGAAUGCUUUGGCUAACCCAACGGAUCUCUCUCAAGAGGAGAUGAUGUCUGUGCAAACGGACGUAGACAAGAUCGAGCCACCGUCACCUGUACCGUCCCCGGCAGCUAGCUCUGCUCCGGCGUUUCAACCGAUCAUCCUUGAAACCGAGGGCUCGUACGCCAGAAGAAUUUCCACCUCCGCAUCGACCGAUCCUCUCAGAAGGAAAUGUCAUCAACAACCGGAAAGCUUUCAAGAUCGUCAGCCGAAGGACUCGACGUGUGAAAUCUCUCCGAGACAGUUUGCCAGCUCCGUAACGGACGACCAUUUCGAGACGUUUGGUCGUUAUGUGGCUGGCAAAUUGAGGAAAUCGAUGCCUCGUCAAAGUAUUAUCGCCGAGAAAGUAAUCGCGGAGGUCCUCUUGAGAGCUAAUCUCGGCACCUUGGAAGAAGCUACUUGUCUUACGGAAAAAGUACCUUCUCGUUGCUUCUUAGUAAUGGGCGAUCGUUGA